AUGGGGGACUUGCCCAAGGAAAGGGCGUCCUGCCGCCCGAGACCGUUUAGGCACACGGGAGUUGACUUCGCUGGCCCAUUCGAAGUCAAAAACUACACUGGCCGAGCCUGCCUCAUCACCAAGGGAUAUGUCUGCGUCUUCGUGUGCUUCAGCACGAAGGCGAUCCUCUUGGAGGCGACAUCGGAUCUCACGACUGAGAAAUUCCUGGCCGCAUUUUCCCGUUUUAUAGCACGGCGCGAGUGCUCACAGAAAAUGCACUCGGACAACGGUAAGACUGUCGUUGGAACUGACAAGGAGAUCUCCACCGACUUCUUGGAAGCGACGAGGGAGUGUAUCAUCGCAAACCAUGGUCACCAAAGCCUAUCCUGGCACUUCAACCCGCCGGGCGCCCCACUUAUGGGUGGUCCGCUUAUUUCGGUAUUGGAACCGGAAAUUAACCAACAGGCCACCUCCAUCCUCAAUCGAUGGCAGCGACUGAAGGCUCUUCUCCAACAAUUUUGUUUCCGUUCGGAGGAUAAGUACCUGAAGAAGCUACAUAAACGGACGAAAUGGCAAUCCCCUACACGGAACCUUCAGAUCGGUGAUAUGGUCCAACGAGUGGCGCUUAGGACGGGUGCUGACAACGUGUCCAGGCACCGAUACAAAAGUCCGAGUUGUAGACGUGCUCACGGCGCGGGGUACAAUCCAAAGACCCGUCGCCAAACUGAUUCUACCCCCGAUGGAGGACAGCAAAACUGA